AUGAAUUUUUAAUUUUUAGUAAGUGCUUUUUUUUUUGAUAUACUAUUCUUCAAUACAAAAAUUUAUUCAUAAACAGAAUAUUACUAUCAGAAUGAAACAAAAUUUACUUUUUAAUAAACAUAUUUUGUACCAUUUGAAUAAAACUUAGUUGAUUCAAAUGAAACCUAAUUCAAUAUCGAAUUAAUUCAUGAAAUAAAAGUAGAAAAUCAAUCCACUUUUAUUAUUUCAGAAAAAUAGAAAUUGUUUUAUUUUUAGCAAAUAACUCCAGAAAAUGAUAAUAUGAUCAUGGUCAUAGACAAUUCAAACUUAAUUUGCUUAUACCUAAUUAAAAAUUAUCUUUUGAAUCAAAAAUUGAUAAUAACUCCUCACUUUUGUAAUAACACAUUACCAUAUUCAUCAUGUAACAAAAUAUUUUAAGUUAAUAAAGAAAUUUUUAUAAGUAAUUGCUAAUUGAAUAACAACUAAAUUGUAAUAUCAAUUAUCAAUCUAAAUGGUUAAGUAUUUGAUGAAAUAAAGUUUGAUGUUGAAUUAAACUGUAAUAUUGAAUUUACUUAUGGAUAUUCUUAUAUCUUUGUAUAUGAAUUAAAUUGUUUAUCAGAUAAGAUUUAUUAAAUUGAAAUUGAUGAAAAAUAAUUUUUGUUAAAAUCAUUCCAAAAACUAGAACUAAAUAAUAUUACCAAUUCAUUUUAAGGAUAAUUAGUUUAAACAAAUAUCUGCAAUAAAGAGAGAAUUUUUUUCAUCUAUGAGAAAUUAAUAUUAAAUUAUAAUCUUUUGUUAGGUAAAUUUAAUAUACAUCUCUAUAAUGCUAAUUCAAUAAUCUUGAAUGUAUUUUAAAUUUGCAAAGGAAGAUAAUUAAUUUUCGAUAUAGAAACGAAUAGUUAAUAAUUGAGGUUAGAUUAGGAUAUUUUAAAUAUCAGGAAUUAAUAAUUUUUAAACUCUAUGUUAAUUUAAAAAAUUUUAGUUUUGCAUUAUAAUGAUUCUAUAGUAGCCAUGAUAAAUGAUUAAUUAAAUUAAUAGAUAAAAAUAAUUUUACCAGAAAUAGUACCUUUAGCUGAAUUAGGUUAUUUCUUUGGAAAAUGUAAUUCAGAAUUAAGGUUGUUUUAAAUUAAACCUCCAAAAUUUUACCUUUAAUUUAAUAAUUCAUAAGAAGUUCUAUUCCUAAAAUUUUUGAAUGAUGCCUCACUGUAUUAAUUUGAUUUAGAAUACUAAAAAAUUGAAAUUUUAUCUUAUAAUUAAUCAAAGUUAAUACUUAAAUAAUAAGAACUAAUAAUCUAUACCAAAAAUAAUAUUGAUGAAAUUUGUUUUGAACAAUCAAAAAUUACUAAAAGCCUUCCAAUAAAUUUAGAAGCAAUCAAAUAUAAUUAAAGAAAUUAUUAAAUAACUUUGUCGAACAUUUAUGACACAUGUAUUUUAAAAUUUGAGAACAAUUCAGAAAUAAUAUAUUUUGGUAUUUAAAAUAAUUAAACAAUUAUUAUUCUGUUAUUUAGAUAAGAAAAUAAAAUCAAGAUAGUAUUUUGCUAAAAAAAAGAAUUGAUUAUACAAAAGAGUAUAAAAAUAAAUACUAAUAUUAUGAUUGAUUAUUUCAUUUUAAAAGUUCAUAAUGUUCUGUGCAUUUUUUAUGAAUAAAGCAUUUAAAUAAUUACACUUGAUACAUCAUUUUAAACAUAAAUAAUAGAAAUAAAAGAGCACAAAAUACUUUAAGUAGCAAAAUACUUUUCCUAAAUCAAAAUCUUAUUUGAUAAUUGUAAGAAAACAAUUUUUAUUUACGAUUAAGAAUAAGUUUAUUUUAAUUAGAUAUCUUAUCCUUAUCCUUUUGAUUGUACUUAAACACUUCAAUUUAUUGAUGAUCAAUUGUUUUUUAGUUAAAAUGAGAUUUUUUAUUCAUCUUAACCUAAUUAGAGAUAUAUUUUAUAAGAGAAAAUUAUAUAAGUUAUUGUUGAUGUAAGAACAAACUAGUAUAUUUUAGUUUUAGAAGAAGGAAAUGAAAUAAUAUUCAAAGUAUUUCAAAUUUAUAAAAAGGAAUUUAUAUUUGUCUACAAAAUCCCAACUUAUAACUUUAAAUGUUUACCAUCAUCUACUAUAAAAUUUGAAUAUCCCUAUUUAAUGAUCACUGCAGAAAAUUCAAAUAAAUCAUUUUUACUAUUUUAUAAUUUACAAAAUGAUGCUAUUAAUGCUCUAAUAUAUGUUACUGAAAUAGAUUAAUCUUAAUAGUUUUUCUAAAUACUCGAUAGUGUCAAAGACUAUGCUGUAUAUUUUAAAGAUGAUCAAUUUCAUAUUCAUAAAUUAAAUUAAAUUUGUUUCAAUUAUUCUACUUAAUUGUAAAAUAAUUUAUUUACUAAUGAAAAGAUCGAAUUAGUUAUAAGCACAUUUAUACAUAAUUUAUCUACAAUUAUAAACUGUUAAAUUUUAAGAUUACAUAAUGAUUACUCACUUAAUUCAUUUAAUGAAAAAGUAAUAUAUAUUUUUGAUGAAAAUGCAUUCGAUUGGGAUAAAAUUAGUGGUAAUAUUAUUAAAUAUGAAAUUCAACCUAUCUAAGAUUUUUUAAUUAAAUUACCAUUAAAUAUUACAUAAGAAAACUUUAUAUGUUAUUAUUAUCAAUCUAACUUUUGUAUAGAUUAUGGGAAUAAAUUUGAAUUGUUAUCAUUUAAUAUUAAAGAUGAUUUACCUUUUAAUAGUCUAGAAGUUGAUAUUAAAGAAAUACUGUUUAAUUAAGAAUCCCUCAUUUAUACAAUAUUUUUUACUUAUCAAAUGAAAUACAAACUUUAAUAUUUCAUCCUAUAAUUGGAGCAAAUUUAAUUAAAUAAAUACAAAAUAAUUAAGAAGGAAAUUAUGUAAUCUGUGAUUCCUUUAUCAUAUGUGGCCUCGAUAGAGUAAAUAAAAAUUAUUAAUGAAAUUUAUCUAUUUUAAAUAUAUGGAUAUUAUCACUUAUUAUUUCAUAAAAAUUUUUGUGAAAUCAAGGGGUUAUUUGGAAAAACCUCGAAUGAAUAUUAUUUAAUUGAUGGUGCUUACUUAUCCAAGAGUACAUAUGUAUUUUUAUAUUGGAAAGAAAAUAAUAUUUUAGCCUCAUUUAUAGCAUUUAAUAAUAUUGAAAUGGUUUCAGAAUUAGAAUGCAAUUAUGAUGUUAUUUAGAAUUAUGAAAUUGAUAUAUCUCAAAUAUUUGAUCGAAUUUUUAUUGAAUCAUUUGAAACCAGUAUAUAAAAGAUAGAUAUAUUCCAUCUUGAAAGAAUUGGAGAUCUUUACUUUUUGAAAUUUCAUAUGAUUUUUAGAAAUUAUUUUAGUUUAAUUUUUGAAAUAUCUUUUGAUUACUUUAAGCACGAUAAAUUUAAAAUUUAAUAAUAUAGAUUUCUGAGAUAUGAAAAAAAUGCAUUCUUUUUAGAUCUAAUUUAUUAGGAUACAGAUUUUGUUUUGUUAUAAUUUUAAUUAGAUCUGUAAAGGUUUAUAAAUGUUUAUGAUAUCUAAGGAAAAUUGAAAAAUAAAGACUAUUUGGACAGCAUUUAGAGAAUAGAAUCAUAAGAUUUUUAAAAAAUUGAAAAAUACAAUGCUACACAUUUUGUAAUUUAUGGAAAAAGAUUUGAAAAAAUAUAUUUAAUGACUUUAAAUAAAUUAAAAAUAGAAUGUUAAGGCUUGUGUAAUGAACCUGCAAAUUUAACGCUUUCAAAUGAAGUAUCAAGCAUUAUUUUAGAAAUUAAGCUGGAAAAUAAAAUUGUUUUUACAUUUAAAUAAAGAGUAAUACUUGCAAAUAUAUUAUUUAUUAUAAUUUAUAUAAAAUUUGGGAAAAGAUUAAAAAGAAGUUAGAUGUAAAAUAGAUUUAAUAAAAUAAGUGGAAAUUAAUGA